UUUUCACAUUCAUAAAUCUCAUUUCCCUCUUUUUCUCUCUCUCUUGGCCCCCCCAUCAGCCCCCCCUGGCUCGCGUAACGAUGUCUGCAGAUCUCGAGAUCAGAGCCGUCCCAAUCAUGAAGGCGGCGGCGGCGCCGCCAUCUUCUCAAGAAUCGGAGAAAGUGGCCAUGAGCAGCGAGUGCUAUACGCCGAAGUCGGCGGAGCACCGGAUUCCGGCGGUGGUGAGCUGCCCGCCGGCGCCGAGGAAGCCGAGGCGAGGGAGCCUCCUCGCGUGCAAGAGGAGGUUCUACGAGCUCGACUUCUACGAGGCCGUGGCCGACGACCAGAUCGAGUCGUUUUUUAGGAGGGCCGAGGUGAAGCGGAGAUGCGUAGUGUAAUUACGGCGGCGGCGGCGGCGGUGGUGGUGAAUUUUUUUUUUAUGUUUUUUUUAAUUGAUAGUGAAUGUGAAUUAAUUGAUUGGCUUGAUGAAAGGUUCAAGCUUAUGAUUAUUAUGAUCUUUUCUUUUCUGAGAUGUGUAUAUUUUUUUUUGUUUUUACAUUUAAUUGAGCUAUCUUGAGAUGGAUUCAAA